AUGUCCCCGGCAGCCCAGCCCGAGCAGGCGUCUCCGCCCGUCGAGGCUUCGGCGUCUUGCACGCGGGACGUGACGGUAUUUCCAGUUGCGGCUGCUGCAGCGCCGCGUGCAUCCGCUGAGGCUCCAGCAGCCCCGCCGCGCGCGUCGGCAGCUGCGCCCGCCCCAACAAAAAUUUUUCCUUCAGUCUCCACUGUGUCGACGGAGAUCGGCGCGCCUGCGGAGGCGGAGACGCCGGCGCCCGCAACUGAUGGUGCAGCCCGUAAAGAGAAGAAAGGCAGCAGUGGGCGUGAGUCGCCUCUUGGCAUCCGCUUCUUCCUCGCCGUUGUCACCGCAUGCAUGACAGGCCUAGUCGCGGGAUACGACCUCUGCUGCGUGUCGGUCGUUCUCAACCCCGUCCAGCACACCUUUCAUCUCUGCGGAUCGGACUUCACCUGCGCGGACAAAAGCUUGUUUAUCGCCCUCCUUGCUCCUGGAGCCGCGAUUGGAGGCCUCUUUGGCGGUGUGCUGGCGGACGCCAUUGGCCGCCGGGCGGCGCUUGCGUCGAGCGACUUUUUGGUCGUCAUCGGCGGAUCGCUCAUAUCGGGCAGCGAUGCCUUUUCGCUGUUGUUGCUAGGACGUUUCUUCCUCGGCUUGGCGUCCGGCGUAGGCUUUGUUGUCUUCGCCGCGUACAUUAGCGAAAUCUCUCCACAGGCGCUGCGGGGCGCGCUGGUCAGUUCACAGGAGAUUCUUCAAGUUUGUGGGUGUCUUGGCGCAUAUGGAGCGGCAUGGGCCGUUGGGGCUGCGAACUGGCGGCCUCUCCUCAGCGUGAUUCCGGCGCUAGGUGUCCUUCAGGCGUUGUGUCUCUUCUUUUUCUUGCCUGAGAGCCCACGCUGGCUUGUGCAGCGGGGCUGGUUCACCGAGGCCGAGCGGGCGCUUCGGAGACUCGGCAUGGACCGCGACUGCGCGGCCGCGUGCGUCGUGAGCAUGAAACAGUCGCAAGAGCAGGCGCCGCUUGCUGCAGGCGAAUUCAUAAAGACUGUUCACCGAGGCAUCUCCGUCCACGGGCGCACGCUCGCGCUCGCGGUCGCCUGCGCGUUGGCGCAUCUUGCGACUGGCGGCAGCACGAUUCAGUAUUUCGUGGUUGACAUUUUCCAGUUUGCGGGCAUCUGCGAUACGCGGGCGGCAGGCUUCUCCGUCGGCAUGGCCAAGAUGCUUGGCGUUCUCACGUGCGUUUGCCUCGUGGAUAUCUGGGGAAGAAGAAAACUUCUUUUCCUCGGCGUCGGCGGCAGCUGCGUGUGCCACAUUUUGCUGACGGUUUCCUUCGGCACGCUGCAGCUGGAGCACGGAUAUCUGAGUGGACGGUGUGGCCUGGAGGAGCUGGCAGCAGGCUUGGGGAGUUUGGAGCCAGCGUCCUACGUGGUGUUUUCUGCGCUUCUUAGCUACAUUUUUUUCUGGAGCGUUGGCUGGGCAGGUUUGAUGCUCGUAAUCGCUAGUGAGGUUGUGCCGACCUGCGUGCGCGGCCUCGGUGUCGGGCUGACGACCAUGACCUGCCACGUGCUGGGUUUCAUCUUGCAAAUCAGCCUCGAGCCGCUCUUUGCAGCCGUCACCCACGCUGGCACAUUUGCGAUUUUUAUCGUGGGCAGCGUGAUGUCUUUAGUCUUCGUGUUCGCCCUCGUCCCAGAGGCGAAGGGCCGAUCGCUCGAGAAGAUUCAGCAAUCCAUGAAAGCAGCGCCAGAACGCUCUGCGGGCGGCAACGCUCAGCCUGAGGGCGAGAAGCAGGCCGACGGCGAAAGUUGGCAAGCCGUUGACGGCGACUGCCGCGUAUCUCCGUGA